AAAUUAAUUAAAGUGAACGGAAAAAGAAAUAGUAUUUUCCAUUUCAUAAUAUUCUCUUCGUCUGUUUCAGAGAUUGAAUGGGAGAUUAUGAAGUUAUUAGCCACUUCGUACAACGUCCUUAACCAAUCAUAAAAACGCUUGCUAGAAAUCUCACAGAGGAAAUUCAUGGGAUUACAAACACAGAGGCAAAAGACGAAGAAUUCAGUUAGCACAAAUCAAGCAACAUCUCUGAUCUUCCCGAAUAAAACGAAUAAAAACCCGAAUUUUAUUUUUAUUUUUUUGGUUUUUGAGAAUGUAUUAAUCGUCAAAAAAGGGCGGGAGGGUGGGAAUCCCUCUGCUAAUCAACUCGGCAAUGGCGGGAAGAGCUUCAUCCUCCUCCACGUUUUCGAACGCGAGAGAGGAGUGUAAAUUUGGGAUUCAAGGCGUGCAUUUGGAGAUGAGGCGCGUGGAAUAGUUUACAGAGGUUGGGGUGAAUCAAGAGAGAGCUAUGGGAAGUAGUAAAAUUGCUAGUGUUGGUGAAGUAUGUUGUUGUCCUUGUUGAGCAGGCGCUCACUGGAGGUCGAUUCCAGGGAUUCCUAUGGAUUUGCUGUGAGACCUCAACACAUACAAAGAUAUAGAGAGUACAUUACUAUCUACAAAGAAGAGGAGGACGAGAGAUCGGAGAAAUGGAAAAUUUUCCUUGAACAGCAUAUGCAAUCUGCCCAACCAUGCUUUUCUGAGGAGGAAGAUGAAGCUACUGGGUUCAAAGACAAGACUCCUUCAGAACCUAAUAAGUUGAAAGAAGAGACUGAUGCUAAAGAGGAAGGCAAAGUGUCAUUACUGGUUGAAACUACUGAGUUGAAAGAAGAGGUUAGUUCAGUGGAGGAACGCAAAGAAACGUCACAAACCGAACCUAUUAAGUUUAAAGAAGAGGUUGCUUCUGAGGAGGAAAGUAAAGAGGCAUCAAGGACUGAAGCUUCUGAGUUAAAGGAAGAGCCUAUUUCAGAGACAAAAGAGGAAGGGGAUGCUUCAAGGGGAAAGCCUGAUUCUGCUGGUUCAACAGACUACGAAACCAAAAAGGAGGUUCAACUUUCAGAAGAAAGAAAAACACGUAAAGUCCAGAGAAGAUGGGCUCAGGCUAGACCAUCUCUUCGUUCUAUUGAGAAUAUGAUGGGCUUACGUGUAAAGAAGGUAGAGAAUAUGAAAGAUGAGGAGGUGAAUAGAAGUGAAGGCUGUCUUGCAUCGAUAAAAGAGGCAGAACAAUCAGGAGGGGAAUCUGAAGGUGAGUUUGAGGAGAAGGUCUGUGUUAAUGAAAUGUCAGACAACCAUGCGAAUGUAUCAAAGGGAGAAAGUGAUCCAGAUGUUGGGCCUCAGGAAUAUUUCUUUUCUUGGAAACAGGAGCUCGAGAACCUUGUUCUUGGAGGACUGCCAAAGGAUCUCAGGGGAGAGCUAUGGCAAGCCUUUGUCGGUGUUAAGGCAAGGCGCGUGGAGAGAUAUUACCAGGAUUUGCUAGCUGAAGAAACUGCUGAUGGUGAAAAUAAUGAACAAACUAACUCAGCUGGUUUAGCCAGAAAAUUGAGAAGGCAGAUUGAGAAGGAUAUACCACGAACAUUUCCAGGUCAUCCAGCUUUAAAUGAGGAUGGUAGGGAUUCCUUGAGGCGUUUAUUAAUUGCAUAUGCCCGGCAUAAUCCCUCUGUUGGGUACUGCCAGGCAAUGAAUUUCUUUGCUGGACUUUUGCUGCUUUUGAUGCCUGAGGAAAAUGCCUUUUGGACCUUGGUGGGCUUUCUUGAUGAUUAUUUUGAUGGAUACUAUACUGAGGAAAUGAUAGAAUCACAGGUGGACCAACUUGUUUUUGAGGAGCUGAUGCGUGAAAGAUUUCCUAAAUUGGUUCAUCACCUGGAUUACUUGGGAGUGCAGGUGGCAUGGAUAUCUGGACCCUGGUUUCUUUCCAUUUUUAUUAAUAUGCUUCCUUGGGAAAGUGUUCUUCGUGUAUGGGAUGUGCUUCUAUUUGAAGGAAAUCGUGCUAUGCUAUUUCGAACAGCCCUUGCUUUGAUGGAGUUAUAUGGUCCUGCGUUAAUUACAACUAAAGAUGCUGGGGAUGCAAUUACUUUACUGCAGUCUCUUACUGGAUCUACCUUUGACAGCAGCCAACUUGUUUUGACUGCUUGCAUGGGUUUUUUGGCUGUAACUGAGGCUAGAUUGCAAGAGUUGAGAGAAAAGCAUAGACCAUCUGUGCUAGUUGUUGUUGAGGAAAGAUCAAAGGGAGGUCGAAUUUGGAAGGAUACAAAAGGGCUUGCAAUGAAGCUGUAUAGUUUUAAGCAUGAUCCUGAAUCACUGGUAGAAGAAAAAAAGGCUGCUGAAGGUCAUGGUGAUGCAUCUAACUUGGAGAAGCGUUCUUCUUCUAACCUGGAUGAAUUGCUUAGUGGCCUCAAUUUAGAAAUAGAUUCACUACCAGACCUUCAAGAACAGGUGGUCUGGUUGAAGGUUGAGUUGAGUAGGUUGCUGGAGGAGAAAAGAUCAGCUAUACUUAGGUUAGCACAUUACCUGAUCGAACAGUUGGAGCAAGAGGUGUCUGAGCUACGACAAGCACUUUCUGAUAAGAAACAACAAGAAUCAGCAAUGCUAAAGGUCUUGAUGCGGGUAGAGCAAGAUCAAAGGAUAACAGAAGACGCUCGCAGAAGAGCAGAGCAUGAUGCAGCUACCCAGAGACACGCACUUAAAGUGCUUCAGGAAAUGUAUGAGAAGGCUACAGAUUCCAUUGCUCAGAUGGAGAAGAGGGCAGUUAUGGCAGAAUCAAUGUUGGAGGCUACUCUGCAAUAUGAAUCCGGCCAAGCAAAAGCACUAGUUUCUCCAAGGUCUUUCCGUAACCAGGGUUCUUCACAGGACAGUCCCAGAAAAAGACCAGGCAUAUUGUCAUUUGGACUUGGAUGGCGUGACAGGAACAAGGGUAAAACUGUCCUUGAGGAGUCAAGCGACAAUCCAAACACUCCAAGGAAAGAAACUAGAAACCAAGAGAAGGAACCAUAGAAUCAAUGGUAACCUUUUCAUGACACUCCUCGAAACUGUACUCCUGCGCACCCAAUACGCCAUGAAUCUGUAAAUUCACAGUUUUUAACUCCCCUCUUGUUCUUAGUAAUGGUGAAUAUAGCGGUCGAUAGGGGUAAGGGAGCAAUCCAUUUGUUUAAAGUAUCAGCUAAAACCAAAGUAGCCUUGUGACAGCAUGGAUACAAUCAACUGCAAUUGCAGAU